AUGGCGAUACGCCCAUUCAGCUUACUGCCAAGCCAAGGCGCUUUACCAGGCAGAUCAGCUCGGGUCGCGCUCAAACCAGCUCUUUCCGCCAACUUUGCGACCUGCACCGAGAUGAGGUCGCACAUUCGCACUCGCCCGCCAGCUUUGUUCACCGUGAAUAACGAAUCAUGCCUGAAUGUUCGCAUACGAGAGUCUGUUCGGCAAGAUCCGAAUUGCACUGCCGAGUUCAUCGUUCCACGUCUCCAGGUUAAAUAA